CCUACCAGCAACUACCCAGUCCUAGCAUCUACAUACGGGGGUACCUACGGAGGAGAGCUGGGGCUACAAUGGCAUGAGGGUGCUAAUGCAAUGAUAAUCACUUCAUUCAUCUUUUCUCCCCUCGCGACUCACUCACUCCCUUUUCUAAUCCCUUGGGCGUGCGCGUGGAUGACGUUGAGGUUGUGGUUGGGCAUGAAUCAUGUCUUAGUAUCGAGAUCUGAAAUGAAGGCUACCAUGGCUACAUACCGCUACUCAGUACCUAGACCUCAGCAACGUCCACUCACAUUCAAGGCUCAAUCCGUAUCACCAUCACCUUGGAUGGCCACUUGCACUUGCUGCUUUUUGUACACAAACCACCGGCUACCAACAGAUAAGCAAAUAUUUUCUUACGCUCUCGUCUACUGUGCAGUGCCAGUGCAGCAAAAGUAGCAUCACCAUGCCAAAGUUGGCUGGAAAAGUCCGGAGUCCUUUGAUGGCGAACACGCCUUUACUAUUGUCUCCACAGCACCACUUUUUACAGGAAAAAAAAAUUCGUCGUCGAGAAUGUGCUGAGUAGGAGCGUCUUCGCUUUUCACUAUCUCCGACCUCUUCUCAAUUUCCUAUUCGGGCCAACACAUCAGCCCGCAUUGUCCAUUUAUCCGCUGCAGGGACAGCCCCACACCGAGCAGUACAAUGGAAAAGUAUCUCUCGCAGUACCAGUACCAGUGCCAACCUCCAAAGGACGAUCCGGAAGGCUCUUGUUUGUGGGGAAAUGGAAAUUUAGGUUAUCUUUGAAUUUUCCGUCUGGUCCGUCAUUUCAAGUGUUGAACUCUAACUCGGGAUUGUUUAUCUUGAAAGACGGUGCCACUCCUGUUGUCCCCUCAGGACGUGGACAUGGAAGUGAUCGUCACACAAGAAAAGAUGCUCUCCAAAUGGCUGAUAGUCGUUUUCACUGUCCUUCAAACAGUCCACGCAGCUCCCUCCCCUAAUGUACUCGGUUCAGAUCUUUCGAUUUUGGUCAACAAUGAUUUGGCUGGUGAUUAAACCCCCAUCCUUGAAGAGAUUCUUCUGCAAUCAAGCUAACCGCCAACUGACUUCAGGACCGGAAGGUUCCUCUGCAAACUCAGCAGUGAUACUAGUCACUGCGAGAUCCCAGGAGUCAGCAGCGUCGCUUUGUGCAGAACUGGGGGAGAGUCUGUGGGCACCAGAGUCAAAUGUGUCCAGUAUUCAAGCCACUCUUGAUUACUUGACCUUCCAUGGCAAAUACCCCUCAGACCAACUGUAUUGGGUUGCUUCCUCGGACACAGCAGCGCGAGCAAUCGACAGGCAAGGUUACAUAUCAGAUACGACAACCUUCAGUCCAGAGUCGCUUCUCCCAGCUCUCUGUACCCAAUCUGCACCUUUUGCAAAUCUCACAAGCCAAGAUACAUCUGCCAAGUGGCAGGUGACGGUUCAUUCGAACAAUGAAUACAUUACAGGGUAUGUAGCUGUUCUGUUCCUUGCAGGUCUCGCUCUCCGCAGCCCGUUGACAUGAAAAUUAGCUUUCGCGAUUGGCUAAGUUUCCGCUUUCUGGGCGUGCGAUUCGCCCCGCAGCCCCAACGAUUCACGCACUCACCGCCAUACAAGGGAACCGAGCAGAAUGUAUCCGCGACUUCAUACGGAUCACAGUGUAUACAACCGUCUGGAGGGUCGGAGGAUUGUUUAUUCUUGAAUAUCUGGAGUCCUUUCUUACCUGCCUCUAGCGAUGCUCCUUCCGUUGAUCUGAAGCCUGUCAUGCUAUGGGUGCAUGGAGGGGCUUUUCAGAGCGGCACAGCCAACGAUCCAACCUUUGAUGGUGGAAAUCUUGCAUCUAGAGGAGAUGUGGUGAUGGUCGCAUGCAAUUAUCGCUUGGGCUCAUUUGGUUUUCUCGCUCUGGAUGAUGGAAUCACCAAUGGCAAUUAUGGUUUAGGUGAUGCCAUUAAUGCCCUUGACUGGGUCAGAGCAAAUAUCCAAAAUUUUGGUGGUGAUUCAGAACGCAUCACCAUCUUUGGGCAAUCAGCAGGUGCGGCAGCCGUUCGUGCAAUGUUGACUUCUCCCGAGGCCAAUGGGAAGUUCAAAGCUGCCAUACCUAUGAGUAACCUUGGAGCUGGAGGAUAUGGUACAACGUAUUCCUCAUGGAUCACAAUUGACCAAGAGGUAGCUACCACCGCAAAGCCCAUCUUGGAGACGACUAACUGCACCACGGCUUAUUCUCAAGUUGAAUGUCUUCGCGCCAUUCCAGCUGCGACAUUAUCCAGUCUAGGCAAUUCAGCGAGAUAUCUUGUCGUAGACGGAACCUAUCUUACUACUGAUAAGUUGCCGCUCGACUCAUCAGCCCAAGGGUCUCUCUCGGACGUCCAUCUUCUCCAAGGUUUGAUGCGUGACGACGGAGGUGCAAUCACAACCUACAUCCAAACCACAAACAUUUCCACAGCCAUGAUAGCAACCGACUUCAACACAUCAGUAGUCGUUAACUCAGGAUUAUUCCCCAUCCCCACUAGCUCCAACGACACUCUGAACGUAUUUAACGUCACCUCUCGCGUGGCAACUGAUACCAUAUUCCGCUGUUUCGACCAAGCAUCCGCCUACGCUGGUCUCCUCAACAAUGUUUUUGCACCCACUCAGUACUUUUACGAAUUCAACCGUUCUUACCAACCACCAGGAUACAAUCCUAACGCACCAGUUUGCCAGCCUCCUGUUACAGAAUCGCAUCCUAAUGGUGACCCAAGUCAGGAAUAUUUCAAAUGUCAUUCUGGUGAGAUUCUGUACGUUUUUGGAACCCUUGCUUACAACGGUUAUCCAUUGAGAGAUGGUGAUGAUCUUCUUUUCUCCCAGUUUGUCCUUGAUUCUUGGGCGAGUUUUGCGAGGACUUAUAAUCCGAAUCCUGAGAGGGAAUUUUUGGAAGCGAGGGGGUUUGUGAAUACGUUGAGGGAGUUGGAUGGUGCAGGUUCUUGGGAACCGUUCAAGAAUGAAGGAUUGGGGGUUAGACGGUUGGAGUGGCCUAGUCAGCAGGUGGGCCUUACGGACGUGGAACAGUGUAGGGCUUUGGGGUGGCCGCUUGAGCUGUUUGUUUGAGCUUGGAAUAAUCUCUUUGUAGCUACCAGCUCUUCUGGUUAGAUUAAUGAACUCAGGUUCCAUGACAG